AUGGCCCAGCCCUUGUCCCGGCCCCUCGUCCUAUUAUCCCGAUCCGGGCCUUGGCCCCCGGCCCUUCCCUCACCCUGCUUUCCAAAUCGGUCCCAGUCCCGGCCUGAGUACCAGCGAAUGCCCACAUCCAGGUCCCAGCCCAGGCCCCCCGUCCAUCCCCGAACCCAGACCCUGUCCUGGCCUCCACCCCCGCCUCUGCCCUGGUUACACCCCCUGUCACAAAUCCCAGCUCAGCUCCAGUCCCGAGACCAACCCCAGUGUUUGCUUAACCCCCCGACCCAAACCCUGCCUUUGCACCAGCCCCCAUCACAGCCUCUCCUUGCAUCCCAUCCCCUGUCCUCGUUGAAACCCCUGUGCCCAGCCCAGCCCCACCCGUUAUCUCAGCCUUUGCCCUCAUCUCCGUGUUUACCCAAGUCUCUCCCACUACCCACCCCUCUCUCUCACACCCUGCCCCUCUCCCAGCCUCGACUCAGGUCUGGGCUUCGGCUGCCGCCAGCCCUGUUGCUGCUGCUGCUGUUUUCUGUCCUUGGCCCAGGGGCUGGAGGCCUCUUCCUGACCGAUUACUCCACCUGCUCGCCCCGCAAGCUGAGUCCUUUCCGCUCCUUUGCCAGCACCGAACUCUUCCACUUCCACGUGCCUGAAGACACAUUCCUGGCUGUGUGGAACCUCAUCAUCUUCAAGGAGCAGGGGGGAUCCUUUGGGGACCACUGCCCCGACCAAAGUGUGACUGUGUAUUUCCGGUCCGGGGCACCCCCUGUCAUCAAUCCCCUGCACACACACUUCCCAGGGGACACGGCUGUGCCUGGGGUUUUCUCACUGACCCUCAGCUGGACACUGCCCAACCGCACCUCAGGCAUCUUUAACGUCAGCAGCCCCUUACCUGGGGACUGGUUCUUGGCUGCCCACCUUCCCCAGGCCCACGGCCACAUCUCCGUCAAGGGUCUCCAGGAUGAGUGUCAGUACCUCCUUCAGCCACAGCUCAUUGUCAGGCGUUUACUGGACGUUGCUGUGCUGGUGCCUGGCCGUCCCUCAGAGCAAACCCUCACCUCCCACAACCGCUCAGCCCUAUACAAGGUCUUUGUGCCCAGCUUCACUUACAGGGUUUCAGCACAGCUGGUGUGUGUGGGGGGCCGCGGGGCAUCCGCCUGCCCCCUGACACUGCGCCUACGUCCCAAGGCCCCUCCCCUGCACAACUCAAGCUCUGUGGCCUGUGGAGGUGCCUCUGUCUGCCAGCUGGAGCUAGCACUGCCCCCUUGGGGGCGCUGGGUCUACGUGCGUGUGGAGACACCAUCGCGGGGCCCUGGCAGGACCAUCCGCUUCCAGCUGUGUGUGCGGCUGCAAGAGUGUCCAAAGCCGAGCCUGUCCCGUGCCCUGGUCCCUGGAGCUGCCAUGAACAUGCCCCAGUCACUGGGCAACCAACCGCUGCCGCUAGAGCCACCAUCGCUUGGGGCCCCUGUGGAGGGGACCGGGGCCCCAUCUCCACCUGAGCACUGCUGGCCAGUGCGUCCAACUCUGCGCAAUGAGCUGGACACCUUCUCCGUCCACUUCUACAUCUUCUUUGGCCCCAGCGUGGCCCUGCCCCCGGAGCGCCCCGCCGUGUUUGGCCUGAGGCUGCUGCCAGUGCUCGACAGCGGAGGCGUCCUUAGCCUGGAGCUUCACCUCAAUGCGAGCUCCCUGCACAAGGAAAAUGUGACCGUGUUUGGAUGCCUGACUCACGAGGUGCCCUUGAGUCUUGGGGAUGCAGCAGUGACCUGUUCCAAAGAGUCCCUGGCUGGCUUCCUCCUCUCAGUCAGUGCCACCUCCAGAGUGGCCAGGUUGCGAAUCCCAUUCCCACAGACCGGGACCUGGUUUCUGACGCUCCGCUCCCUGUGCGGCGCGGGGCCUCGGUUUGUGCGGUGCCGGAACGCCACUGCAGAGGUGCGGCUGCGCACCUUCCUGUCCCCGUGUGUGGACGACUGCGGGCCCUACGGCCAGUGCAAGCUGCUGCGCACGCACAACUACCUGUACGCGGCCUGCGAGUGCAAGGCCGGGUGGCGGGGCUGGGGCUGCACCGACAGUGCGGAUGCGCUCACCUACGGAUUCCAGCUGCUGUCUACUCUCCUGCUCUGCCUGAGCAACCUCAUGUUUUUGCCACCUGUGGUCCUGGCCAUUCGGAGCCGAUAUGUUCUGGAAGCUGCCGUCUACACAUUCACCAUGUUCUUUUCCACGUUCUACCAUGCCUGCGACCAGCCAGGCAUUGUGGUUUUCUGCAUCAUGGACUACGAUGUGCUACAGUUUUGUGAUUUCCUGGGCUCCUUAAUGUCCGUGUGGGUCACUGUCAUCGCCAUGGCUCGUUUACAGCCUAUGGUCAAGCAGGUGCUGUAUUUGCUGGGGGCUAUGCUGCUGUCCAUGGCUCUGCAGCUUGACCGGCAUGGACUCUGGAACCUGCUUGGACCCAGCCUCUUCGCCCUGGGAAUCUUGGCCACUGCCUGGACAGUACGCAGCGUCCGCCGCCGGCACUGCUACCCACCCACAUGGCGCCGCUGGCUCUUCUACCUGUGCCCGGGCAGCCUUAUUGCAGGCAGUGCCAUCCUACUCUAUGCUUUUGUGGAGACCCGAGACAACUACUUCUACAUCCACAGCAUUUGGCAUAUGCUCAUCGCCGGCAGUGUGGGGUUCUUGCUGCCCCCUCGUGCCAAGACUGACCGCAGGGUCCCCUCUGGAGCCCGGGCCCGGGGCUGCGGUUACCAGCUGUGCAUCAACGAGCAGGAGGAGCUGGGCCUUGUGGGCCCAGGAGGGACCCCUGUCAGCAGUAUCUGCACCAGCUGAGAGCAGCUUUGGGCCUGGCCCUUGGGGAGCGUGAACCCUUCCUAGGGGCAGAGAGCCCUUCCUGGGUUUUUCCAGGCAGCGUGGAGCCUUUCCAGGGAUGAGAGACAAGUUGUAUUUUCCUGAGGACGUGGAGUCUUUCUUGACAGGGAACUCCUCCAGGGACCUGGCGUCCUUCCUGAGGGCCUGGAGUCAGCCUGCAUCUGUGGGUUCCUUCAGGACUGUAGCCCGUGCGGGGCAGCAGAGCCCCCUCAGGGCCAGGCAGUCCCUCCUCGGGGCGGGAGCCCCUCCCAGAGAUAUGGAGCCCUCCUGAGGAUAUGGCAUCAUUCCCGGGGGAGUGGAGUGCAUCCUGGAGAAACUGAGUUUCCAAAUCCUCCCAGCAGCUCAGCAACUCUGGCCUCAGGCCCACGUCCCGAGGCAGCGCCUUGGCUGGGCUGUGCUGGGAGGGGAGUGAGAGAGCAAUGGGGCUGGGACGGCGGCUGGAAUCUUGAGUGGAUGCAGGUGGAGUCUGAUGUGUUUCCGAUGAAGUAUUUGCUGGUUCUGUGCUGCCUUUUUUUCCUGCUGCCAAGGGUGUGGGGGAGGGGAGGGAGAGAGGGACCUCGAGGAGGUCAGCAGGGUGAGGGGACCUCAGCUGGAACGAGCUGCUGGAGCCACUAUCUCUGUCUGAGGCUUUGAUCCCAUCAUGUCAGGCAGUAGCAGCUGGGAAUAGGGAGCUGAGAGAGAGAGGCGCUGAGAUGAUUUAAAUCAGUGAGACAGAUCUCCCUUAUGGAACUCACACCCAACAGGGAAGGAAGCUGAGGUCCCAGGAAAUGGGACUAGCAGGUACAGAUGUCAGAUGCGCAAGAAAUAUCACAAGAACGUAGCUUCUAUUUUCAGCCCCAUUUUGCCUGACUGCCAGAAAUAUAAUCCUUCAUCAAUCUGGAAUUUCUUCUGUUUCCACACUAGUCACAGCUAAGUUCCAAGGGUCUUAUGGAAUGCACAGAUUUUGGGAGUGUGUUUUUCCUGGUCUCCACAGCCCAUGUGGCACCCACCCCCCGAGAUUUCCAUCAUCCCACCUGGCCCGCAGCUGGGGGUGCGGGUAGGCCGGACCAGGGAGGCUUCUUGGUCCUGGCUGUAUAACCCCUUUUAGUCCCGAGGCUCGCUGCCACUUCCGUGCCACAUGCAAAGACCUGUGACACCUUGGCUCCCCAGACAUACCUUGGAGCCAUUUUACUCUGGGGUCCUGCUCUGGGUUUUACUGGACCAACAAGGCAUGAGUUGCUCCCGCUUUUAAAUCCUGCAAACCUCUUCAGGAGCUUGGCCUGGGGAGUGGGGAUCAGGGCCCCUCUCAUUGCGGGCCCCUCUGGGCCAAUGUUCCCACUACGUCCCCUCCUCAUUUCUUUUCCUGCUCCCUAGUUUAGCGAAUAUUUUGUUAAUCUGGAGGUGGGGAAGCCUUACUUUUACUUUGUUUUCUCCCAAAUCUUUUGUCUAUGCCUUAAUGCUCCCUUUCGGGCCUCGGCAUUUGAAGGUCAAAAGCCAAGAAGACAUCCUUUUGCCCGCUGGUUUCUGCCAUCACGGUGCCUCCGGGGGGCACUGAGCAGAGAGCGGUACGGCCACGUGAGUGGUGAGAAGGAGUGAGAGGUGUGAGCUAAGUAUCUGUUCCUGUAUCAGAAAUGUCAUUCCAUCGCAUAAAGAUGUAGAGUCAGGUCACCAGGACACAUGAACCCAAAUAGCUGGCAUUCAGGGCAGAGUCAACAGAAUACAGAUGGCACUGAAAGAGGAGACAGGGCUGGGACAGACUGCCCCCCAGCUGGGGGGGGUGGGGUCAGAAGGGGCUUUCUGGAAGGGGAGUAUGUGUUGAGGAUUGAAUGGGUUUUCAUAUGCUGAGAUGUUGGGAGAGUGUCCACUCUGGUCACCAGUGUCUGUGUUGCACCCCUCCCCUGAGAUUUCCGUCAUUCCACCCGGUCUCCAGUCACGAAAGCACUAGGACACAGUGCGGUGCCCAGCCCGGGACGCAAUGUGUCCAGUAUAUUAGCUAACGGUCAAGAAGUGUUUGGGGCUGGUCUGUCUCCGCACCAUGCCCCU